CGAGAUCUGAAGGAAGCAGCGGAGGAGCAGCAACAUACGACCCGAGAGUUGAGUCAACAAUUGGAAGAUACUAAGAAGCAGAUGGGCGACGAGUUGAAACGAGUUCGCGAGCAACUUGAAGCUAUCGCGGCGAGCAUGGCAGCUACCCCGCACAUGUCUUUUGCUGACGUCACGCGA